CAAGAUCAUGUGACACAUGUGAUAGUACCCUGCUAUCGGCUAUAAAGAGAGAUAGGAAAUUUGGGCCCCGUGUCUUUGUAAGCAGAUUCUCCAUAGAACAAGAUGUACAAACUUCUGCUGGUAGCGGCUCUGGUGGUCUUGUCCACGGCCUUCAGGACAGAGCUGGACGGAGAGUGGGAGGCGUACAAGACACAGUUCAACAAGCCAUAUGUUGCUGAGGAGGAAGCCAAGAGGAGAGUAAUCUGGGAGAAUCACCUCGACUACAUCCAGAAGCACAACCUAGCUGCAGACAGAGGAGAGCACACCUUCUGGCUCGGCAUGAACGAGUACGGAGAUAUGACAAACGAGGAGUUUGUGAAGACAAUGAACGGAUACCGUAUGAGAACCGAGGCCGUAAAAGCCCCCGUGUACAUGGCUCCUUCUAACUCUGGUGACCCACCGGCAUCAGUCGACUGGCGUACACAGGGAUACGUUACACCCGUGAAAAACCAGGGUCAGUGCGGAUCGUGCUGGGCCUUCUCUACAACUGGUUCACUGGAGGGACAACACUUCAAGGCCAACAAGACUCUGACAUCUCUGUCGGAACAGAAUCUGGUCGACUGCUCCAGGAAACAGGGUAACCAGGGCUGCGAGGGUGGAUUAAUGGACCAAGGAUUCAAGUACAUCAAAGACAACAACGGAAUCGACACUGAGUCAUCAUACCCAUACAAGGGAACCAACGGCAAGUGUGCAUUCACGCCAGCUAAUGUUGGAGCUACAGACACCGGAUUCGUUGAUAUCAAGAGCAAGAGCGAGUCAGAUCUGUUAAGCGCCGUUGCCACUGUCGGACCAAUUAGUGUUGCUAUUGACGCCAGUCACAUGAGCUUCCAGCUGUACAGAACAGGGGUAUACCACUCCUUCUUCUGCAGCGAGACCAAACUUGACCAUGGCGUAUUGGCGGUUGGAUACGGAAAUGAAAGUGAUAAGGACUACUGGCUAGUCAAAAACAGCUGGGGCGAAUCCUGGGGAGAGAAGGGAUACAUCAAAAUGUCCAGAAACCGACGAAACAACUGUGGAAUCGCUACCCAGGCUAGUUACCCUACAGUCUAAUACGACAGUGCUAAUUAAAUAUACACUGGGUUGUAGAACAAAUGUUAUAUCAGCAAAUUCUGAUUUUAUUUUUGAUACAUAAUAAAAUGUUACAUUAUUA